AUAAAACUGAAACCGAUACUGAUAUUGGAACAUUGCAUCAGGAAAUUAUCCGUUCACAUUAUAAAUCGAAGGUCAAGUAAGCGUGAUCAGUGGUCACGACAGCCAAUGAACUGGCAUGGAUUCCUGCCAUCUGCGAGUGCCGGUCGCGGCGCCGUCUGCAUCGCGCUAUCCAUGACUUUUUUCAGUGCGUUAGACCAUGUUUUACGAGGAGUAAACCCCCCUAAGACUGUAGUUUGCAAAGGUUCACUCGCUAUAUGGAAGUGGCGCAAUAUGAUGAUUUCUUGGUUACAUGCCGUUUUAAUUGGAACAUGGGAUUUAUUAUGCUUUUACUAUUAUCCUGAGUUGAUGAAUGAUCCAGUAGACCAUAUCGUGCCUUUUACAUAUUACUUAGUGGCCGUUUCUACUGGUUACUUUCUUUAUGAUUUCUGGGAUAUGUUCACGCAGAGGCAAUUAUUCAAAAUGUGGGAAUUAACUUUGCAUCACAUUGCAGUUCUGAGUGCCUUUAUUUAUAAUGUACUGUCAGUUCGGUACAUAGCGUAUACAGUUAUCGCCUUACUUGCUGAAGUCAAUAGCAUAUUUCUUCACACCCGUAAAUUGAUGCAAAUGCACAAAGUUCCUUCAGUGAAUAUGUCUUAUCGGUUCAAUGCUGUCCUGAACCUAACUACAUUCGCAGGUUGUCGAGGAUUUGCACUGCUUCGUAUUUCAUACGGCAUGUAUAUGGACCCCGAAAAAAUGACACCGUUUUAUACUGUAUUGUUGGGGACAAGUAUGUUCAUCAUGAAUCUGCUGAACCCAGUUCUAUUUUACAUACUUCUACGUAACGAUUUUCUACUUCCGCCCAGAGAUGAAGAUCUUUAUAUCAAAAAGGGGAUGAAAGUAAAUUGUCCCCCCUCGGAAAGCAAAAUAUCCAAUGGUUAUAGCUUAUCAUUAGAAAUAAAUGGCUUUCCCUGCGAUGGAAUUCAUAAGCGAAAUCUGUGAAAACUUUGAAUGGGUUCUGUGAAAUUGAUCUAUCUGUUUAUUAAAAUACGCUUAUUAAUCGUUUGUUCUAAGUUAGAUCUUUUAUUUGUAAUCCCUCGGCAUAUUAGCUUACCUAUAUACGGUUUAUCCUUUGACUUUUUCAUUGACAUAUUUACUAAUAUCAAUUUUUUAAUGAUGUUCAGUGUUAGUAUACUUUUUGCUGAUUGUUUAUCUGUAAACUCUCGUUGGCUUUUACGAAAUUACAAUAGUGUAUGUCUCGAUUCGUAAGAAUAGAUUUACCAACUGAAGUUUCAUUCCCAGUGAACCGUUUCACACUGUCCCGUGUAAAUGCUUAUUUCUUUCUCUUUGCUACAAAACUGUUUCACUUUUUCUGAUUAUAUAAAUAUAAGUUUCUGUAUACUUCACUCCCGCACUCUGUAUUCUUAGGCAUAUUAUUUGUUUUUAAAUACUUGUUUAUCAUUAUGACAAUGUGUUUAAACUUGUAAUAUUUUUCUUAUGAUUAUAUUCUGUAAAAUAUUUUCGAUUAUGUUAAAGUCAUGUUUCUACAUAAAAAAUUCUCGGUGUAUACUUCACUGCUUAUCAUCUUUAUUAUACCAGUGGACUAUUUGUUGUUACCAUCUUUGUCAGUAGUCAUUUACUAAUGUUUACGACAAAGAAAACAAAGCUCCAGUCCCCUCGUCUUUGCUUUUAUGUGUUCUGUCUACAUUAAAAGAGUUGUAUACACAGUUUGAAAUGUCUACUUCUUAAUCCCUUCAUUAUUGUACUAAUGUAUUUGGAUUAUUUCUUAUUUUUGAUUCACUAGAGGAAAAAGUCUAUUCAUCUAAAAGUUUCCGUUUUCGUGUUAAUUAUUUUGUUCAGACAUGUAAUUAAAUAGAAUUAUAAAGUUAUACUCUUUGAAAAAAGAAAUUAUCGAAGUUCCAUGAAUUAUGUCUGUCUGUCUGUCAGAGACUGAUUAUGCAAAGUAUGACUCCGCUGUCGUACUUUCUAAUUGUGAAACAUGACAUUUACAGGUUUACAAAAUACGUAGUUUUUUAUGCAAGUAGGUAAUGCUCAUUUUUGUUGUAAAGUAAUAAAUAAAAAUAGUAAAUCUGCUGGUAAGUUUUUGCAUUUUUACUGACUGCUGUGGCUAUGAUGUUCAUUACUCGUACCAGUUUACCACCAGCUCUAACAAGCAAUGUUUGUUAUUGUAAAAGCUAAGAUAUAUUAUUAUGUUAAUUUAAUAAAUAUCUAAUUCAUUCCUGUCA